UGUCCGGAUUUAUUUGAAAACAGAGUAUUAGUGAGCGCGCAGAUGUUGAUAGUGGUUUCUUGAAACAAUGUGGAGGAUAGGCCAAUCUAACACUGUUUUUCGCAGGAAAGAUGGGAACUGGCGUGGAUUCCCCCAGCCUUCCGCCAGCUGAGCCUAUGCUUCAGGACUCGCUGUGUCGACAUGUUGGUUUAUUCUGCUCUGCGACGCUUUGCGUGUGGUGCUGAUGCUGCGCGCUUAAGUGACAAAAAGCCACUCUUGAGUUUAACCAAUCAGAGCGCUUAUCAGACUUUAUCUGUUCAUCUCUCUCUGAGAAAAAGCUUAGAACUUGUUCGCCACAGUCUCAUGUCUGUCACAUUUUUCCUACCGCGUCUGAAGAGGAGAUGGUAGUGGGUUCAGAGCACCCUUCCUGCGGACCCAAGGCCUCCCUAACGGAAUCCCUGCCGGACGAAUAAAAGUCAUCAUGCUGUUUAACGCCAGAGUCCAGCUGCUUCUUCUGUGUUUGAUUCUGACGGCACAGUCCCGGAGGCAGGGCAGCAGGAAAAAGCGGUGGUCUGAGCCGGAGCAGACCCUCAAGCCCGGAAGGCCUCCUGCCUGGCAGUUCCAGCCUCAGUAUCCUUCUGCUGAUGGAUUCACUAUCCCUCCUCUUUACAAGCCUAAACCAUCUCAGUCUGGCCUCUCUGGCUUUAUCUUCAACACAUCUAACAUGGCCCUUGGUGAAACACCUGAUGCUGUGUUUCUGGUCGGAAAGACACGCUUGGAGAAUGGCAUGGUGAAUGGUCCUCUGUCAAGGAAGAUUGUUGAUGGCACCAAAACCCGAAAGUUGAAAACCAGCCACCUUCUGCGUGUAGAUGAGCACGACUUCACCAUGAGACCAGCUUUUGCAGGUCCUGCUGUCCCUGUUGGAGUGGAUGUUCAGGUGGAGAGUUUGGACAGCAUAUCCGAGGUUGACAUGGACUUCACCAUGACUCUGUAUCUAAGGCACUACUGGAAGGACGAAAGGUUGGCUUUUCCAAGCGCCACAAAUAAGAGCAUGACAUUUGACGGGCGCCUGGUAAAAAAAAUCUGGGUCCCUGAUGUGUUCUUUGUCCAUUCUAAGAGGUCUUUCAUCCACGACACCACCACUGACAACAUCAUGCUGAGGGUCUUCCCAGAUGGGCAUGUUCUGUACAGCCUAAGGGUAACAGUUACUGCUGCUUGCAACAUGGAUUUUAGUCGUUUCCCUUUGGACUCACAGACAUGCACACUGGAGCUCGAGAGCUAUGCUUACACAGAUGAGGACCUGAUGCUUUACUGGAAAAGUGGGGAUGAGUCCCUGAGUACAGAUGACAGGAUCUCUUUAUCCCAGUUUUUGAUACAGAAGUUUCACACGACCUCCAGACUGGCUUUCUACAGCAGCACAGGCUGGUACAAUCGUCUGUACAUCAACUUCACUCUGCGGCGCCACAUCUUCUUUUUCCUGCUGCAGACAUACUUUCCUGCCACUCUGAUGGUCAUGCUGUCUUGGGUCUCCUUCUGGAUCGACCGUAGGGCUGUCCCAGCCAGGGUCUCUUUAGGAAUAACUACUGUCUUGACAAUGUCUACCAUUAUAACCGGAGUCAACGCCUCCAUGCCAAGGGUCUCUUACAUCAAAGCUGUGGACAUUUACCUCUGGGUCAGUUUUGUCUUUGUAUUCCUUUCUGUGCUUGAAUAUGCAGCAGUCAACUAUCUGACGACAGUAAGGGAUGGUAAAGACCGGAAACUAAGAGACAAAAUAAGAGAACAGUCCCAAACACUGCCCUGCACUUGUGGCAUACCUCAUACCAAGACCAUGAUGCUGGAUGGAAUGUACAACGAGGCAGAUGCAAACAGUCUGGCAGGGUACACCAGAGCCUCCAUGUUAGCUGAAGAUCCAUCCGACAAAGAGGAGCAGAUGGUGGUUCAUCUUGCUCUGGACAAUGAGUCCACAGAGACUAAGAAGAAGGGCACUCGCAGCUUCCGCUUCAUCCAGAACACCCACACUAUCGACACCUAUUCCCGCAUGAUCUUCCCAGGCGCCUACAUCCUAUUCAACCUGAUCUACUGGUGUGUGUACUGCUGAGUGUGCACAUUUUAAAGUAAUCAGUUUUAAAAGCUGUACCCUGUCUGCAGGUACUAAAGGAGUAUCUCUACUUGUAGCCUACAUGUCAUUGUUAGACGGGAUGACAUCUAGAGAUUAGAGAGCGUCUCCUUUCAUAACAAAAAUUGUUAUGUACACUUGUCAUAUGUCAGCAACCUUUGUGGGCAGGGGUUCUCUGAUUCUCUGUAAAAAAGAAAAUAACUUAUUUUUAACAAAAAUAUUUUGUUGUCAAUUGAGGUGAUUGUCAACCAGAUAUUCUGGUUUAAGAUGUUUUUUUUUUUUUACUGAUGUCUUGUUUGUUGAGACGACGUAGUAAGGUUUAGGUAAACUUUUACAAUGGCCCUAAAUCAAUAGAUUUCUGUUCAUGUUUUCUUUAGUUUUCAGUUUAAGACAACAUAAAUGCUGGAAUAAUGAACUCGUAUUUCACUUGUACUGUCACGUAACUGCCAUGAAAAGGAAUAAUUAAUAAAUUAUGGUUUUAUUA